AUGUCGACUGUCAGAGACAUGGUCCAUCUCCGCACAUUUUCCGGCCAAGAGAAUGCACUACCGCCUUCGUCAGAGCGUGGAAAAAUCAAAGCCAUCAGUGACUUCUCCUCUCCAGCGCCUCAUAACCUCACAGAAAGCAUUCGUACGAUAGGAAAACUCAAAGAACAACACAUCAGCCAGUCCUUACACCUCAAUUGCUGA